GUUAUUAUUGUUAUUAUUAGUCGAAGCAUGGGUUAUGUGGGGAAAAUUUUUUAAAAAUUAUAAUUCAACCCUUUCAAUGAAUGGUAUAAAUUUUUGGGUAUAUGUAGGUGUAGCUGCAAUAGCUAUAGCUGGAACAUACAUACUGUGGGGUCCCUCUACACGACCUAAACGAAAAAAAAAAGGUUUUAUACCUGGAUUACAGAAUUUAGGCAAUUCUUGCUUUCUAAAUGCUGUUCUACAAGCUCUGGCUUCAUGCCCAUCCUGUAUCAGCUGGCUUCAAGAUAUUGUUACAUCUGCAGAUGAGUCUGUGCUAAAUGAAAAUUAUGCAUUAAUAAAAACACUUUUAUCAGUUUUGACAGCUCUAAAUGGUACAGAUGACAUGUGUAGUGGAGAAAGUGUGAUUAAUGUAUUAAGAUCUCACAGAUGGUGCAUCUCAAAUGAUGAACAGGAUGCCCAUGAACUUUUUCAUGUUCUUACAACAACUAUUGAAGAAGAACUCACAUCUCCAUCUCCGGUAAUGUCUCUUUUGGAUGCUGGUAAAUUAGAGGAUUUGUCUAGUGAAAAUACUGCAACAGAAGUAAAAAAGUCUUUUAUUUCAUCCAAAAAAGUAUCGCCAGUGAAGAUUGCUUCUCCACUUCGUGGUUUAUUGGUCAGUGAGUUAAAAUGUACUUCUUGUAAGUCAAAGUUUCCAGCAAGCUAUGAUACAUUUGACAGUAUAUCUCUAACUAUUCCGACAUCGCAGUGGGGACAACUUACACUUCAAGAUUUGCUAUUGAAGUUCAUAUCUUGUGAAUUUGUACAAGAUGUAACAUGUGAAGUUUGUCCUAAGCUGAUGGAUGAAGGUAGUUCUAAACCAAAAACAGUAUUUUGUAAACAGCUUAGUUUUGGGAAGCUUCCAAAGAUCUUGUCCAUUCAUAUACAAAGAACAAUGUGGCUCAAAAAUGGCAUUGCUGUUAAAUGCUAUGAUUAUGUUGCAUUCCCUGCCAUCUUGGUUAUGGAUCAUUUUGUUCAUUCUCACAUGAAUAAAAAUAAGCAGUUGGGAGCUACUUAUACAAGGCUGCGGCUUACUGGUGGGAAUUCUUCAAAAUGUGAUCAGCAAAAUAAUUUAACCCAGAAUUCUUCAACCAUUUUGAAUUCUGCUUCUCCACCCGGGACUCGUACAGUAACGAACAAAAGUUGUGUGUCAAUGAAAGAUGAUUCUUUUUGUUCAUACAACUAUGUCUAUUUAUUACAAGCUGUGAUUGUUCAUCUUGGUGAUACAUCAUCUGGCCAUUUUAUCACCUUCAGGCGUUGUUCUUCUGAUAACCAAAAUCUGAGCAGAUGGUUUCGUGUAUCAGAUACAGAUGUCAAAGAGGUUUCAUUUUCAGAAGUAUCUCAAUCUUGUGCUUAUAUGCUUUUCUAUGAAAAGAUCCAAUGAUUGAAAAUUAUAUUAAAGUUUAAACGUAGGAACUUGAAUUUGGAAGUAGAAAAUUAAAUUACUGAAAAGUCAAUUUCUCAUUGAAUAAAAUAAUUCAGCAUUUCAAUCGUUUGGAUUAAAUCAGAUUUGUUAAAUGAAUUGAAUUCUCAUGAAGUGAACAAGUUAUAUAAAUAAAAAUUUAUUGGUUAAUCUUCAUUUGAUCGAGUAACCCAGUUAUGAUCAUUUUGUUUUGUUGAAAAAAGUAACUUAUGUAUAAUAUUUAUGAUGAAAUAUUUGUUAGAUCUUAUUUAUUCUGUAAUAUAUAUGUAGAAAUAGACAGGAAAAUAGAUAUUUAGUAUUGGUUUAUACUUUU